ACCAGUCGAGUUGAAAAUCCCGAUGAUGUUAUCGAGAUAAAAAGUUAAUCUUCCAUUUCUAUCUCGAUAAAGUUAUAUGUGUUUCACCACAUAUUAUCUUUCUCUGAGAAAAUCGAGAUAAGUUUAACUCGAUCUUCUGAAAUUAUCGCGAUUUUCUGUUUGUAAACACCUUUCGUUAUCAAAGUUUGGCUAGAAAUUUCGUAGGCUAUUAUGGCGAGCCAAGGCUGUAAUUUGUCAAAGAAGCAGAGAAAUAAAAAUACAUCGCAGCAGGAGAAAUACAUUCUUUUAGAUUUAGUAACUGAACAUUUCAAUAUCAUUGAAAAUAAAAAAACAGAUGGUGUUUCACAGCAACAAAAAAUGAAGCAGUGGCAAAUACUUGCAGAUACUUUCAAUUGUAUGUCUGGAGAACAUCACAGGACUGCAGAAAAUUUAAAAGCGGUGUGGGAGAAUCUCAAAAAGCACACGCGAAAGACUUCUGCUGAUCAACGAGUUCAAGUAUUAACUGGAACAGGUGGAGGUCCUUCAAAAACAGUUAGUAAGGAUCCCAUUUGUGAGAGAGUGCAGAGCCUAAUCAAACCGACUAUCGAUGGUGCCAAGAAUCCCUUCGAUUCAGAUUCAGAUGCAAUAAUAUUACCAUUUGAUGCAUCAAAUAGGCCUACUGAUGAGGAUGACAGCAUUCAACUGGAUGUCGGAGCAGAAGUGGAUGUUUCUUUCGUGGAGACGGCAGAGACAGUAACUCUUCCAAAUGGCGACUGGACGCAUUAUACUCCAGCCAUGCUCAGCAGUCCUGUGUGUUCUGCCCUUCGACACUCCAAUAACAACUCGGCUAUCACAAACACAGUGCAGACCAAUACUACUGAUUCAUGCAGUGCAAGUAGUGGGAAGGCAAUGCCUCCUAGCAGUAGGGGAAAUGCUUCAGUGCAAUCUCCCUUUACUAGCAAGCGGCGACCAACCCCGGCCACCAAAGUGAAAGAAGUAAGUGCUGUCAAUGCAGCAAAAAUCGAACUAAUUGAACUUGCAAAAAAACAUGCAAUCGAGGAAAAAGAAGUUAUGAAAGAAAUCUGGGAACUGCGGUUACAACAAGAACGAGAAAAAGUAAAGCAGGAAAAGCUGCAAACUGAACUUUUAUCUUUACAAAUCUUGAAAAUAAAGAAAGAACUAGAACAUUUGCAGUAAUUUAAUUGUUCUUAUGUAUUAAACAUUUGCUCAACUAUCAUGACAUAAUUGUUAUAUAUUACAUGUAUAUUUACAAAGUGAUAUUCAUUGUGCCUAUUAACAAACAGUUUCAAGUACAAAUGUUAAGAAUUAUAUAAAAGAUAAUACAUGUUCGCUUAUGUCACAUUAUUUUGUAUGAUCUAAGCAGUUUUACAAUGCAAAUGUAUUAAAAUAUUCCAUACAUCUUGCUAUAUGUAGUUAUUUUCACCAGCAAAUCUUCAAGUUGAUGGCAUCUCUGUGUGACAUAUAGAUCAGUAUGACCUACAACAAACUGAAAAUACACAGAGUGAUAAAUAAUCGUAUCUUAAAUAAGUAUUACAACACACACACACAUAUAUAGGUAUUUAAUUAUAGGUAUAUGUAAAUUUCAUUUACCUCCUGAAAUAGUUUUCAAUCAGUAAAUGCCUGACACUGUCAUAUCUGGGCCUUCUGUUUGCAUUUUCGUUGUUCUGCUGUACAUUUCCUUCCUCAAGCAACUGUUGCCAAGGGAGGUGGAGAUUGAGGUUAGGGUCGUCUGGAGGGAGUUCUUCCCCAGUUUGUCGCAGGAUAUUAUGCAGCACCCCAGUCGCUACAAUGAUGGCAAACGAAUGUUCUAAUGACACUCUCAAUCCUAAAGAUAAGACUGGGAAACGUCGCUUCCAGCAACCGAAUGUUCGCUCUACAGGAUUUCUUGACCUAAUUUGCGACUCAUUAAAUAGGUGUUCCUGUGGACUUCUGGGAUUAUCUAAUGGAGGCAUUAGAUAUGACCUACAAGCAUAGCCCGCAUCAACAAGUAGUACAGAAUCACCAUACUCCCCUCUCUCAAAACAUGCCCUUCUGUUGCUAUUGUUGAAUAUGGUACUAUCAUGUGAGGAACCAGGCCAUCGUGCAACAAUAUCUGUAAUUUCCAAUUUUGUAUUACAAAUUACUUGCACAUUCACAGAGAAGUAACCUUUUCUGUUACGGUAGAAUUCUGCAUUGUUUCCACCUGCAACAAACAUAAAACAAGCUUGUAUGUGGAUUGCAAUGUUUAAUAAAAAGGUAGCAUAAAAUCAGUGUUUAAACCAACCUGGUGACUGGAUUUUUACAUGAGUGCAAUCCAUAGCACCAAUAGCCCUGGGAAAUUUAGCAAUUGCAUAGAAAUCCCUUUGUGCUAAAUUCAGUUCUUCCAUCGUCUCUGGGAAUUUAAUGAACUGCGGUCGAAGAGAUGCAAUUGCGGAGCUAACCCUAUGUAUUAUUCGGUGAGCUGUGGGUUUACUAAAGCCAGCAUAAUCCCCAAUGGUUAGCUGGUUACAGCCUGUAGCAUAAAAUCGAAGUGUAGCCAGCAGUUGGUUCAUUGGCGACACUGACAUAUUCCUGUGAAAGACGAAAAAAGUAUGUUGAAGGUUGUAAUGUAAUGUUCGUAUAAAUGAGUUUUAUUUUACUUGUCUAUGAUUUCAUAUACAUAUUUAUUAUUCUACAGAAACAAUUAACAUUAGGAAAUAAUAUUAAUAUAAACUUACUUUUCGGGAAACUGUAGUUGAUUUUCUAUAAGUUCCAAAACAAACAUAGUCGACUGUUUUGAAAGGCGAAAAUGUAUUUUAAAGUCUUCUUCAUCAUACAUUUCAAAAUAAUCGCUUCUAUCUCGCAUCCAUCGUGGCCGACGAACAAUGGCAUCUUCUUCAUCACUUUCAUCUUCAAAAAUCAAAUUGUACAUGCCUCGAGCCAUUACAAUUUUUAAAAUCUCCUCUCGUCACUUCGUUUUACAAUAUUAUCUCGAUAAUAAGACUUUAACCACGAAAAUCGGUGGUUAAAAUAUUUUAUCUCGAUAACACUAAAAGAUCGAGAUAUUCGGAGUGGUGAAACGGGAUAUUCGGUUAAUCUGGAUAAUUCAUUACUUUAUCGAGAUAAUUUCGCUUGGUGAAACCGGCCCUAAGAGU